AUGGAAUCAUCAAACGAGAUCAGAAAUCAUGAAAUCACUUCAAAUCCAUCAGAACCAGUUAUCCAAUCACCAGGACUAGCAGGACCAUCUUCGAUUGACGAGUUAUUUUCUAGAUUGAUUGGUCAAAGUUCAUCACCCGUACCCGUACCAGUACCUGCACCAGAAGCGAAUUCGAUCAACAAAUCAACCAGCACUGGAACUACUACUGAUGAACCAGAGAUCCAUUGUCCAGAUAUGAUGAAUGUGAUGAGUUUAUUGGAGACUCAAACCAAGGAGGUUAAUCGAUCAUCAUCAUCAAUCGAAUUAGAGUUGGAAAUGGAAUUGGAAGGAUCGAAGAAGAAGAAAAGGAGAUCAUCAUUAGUCAGUGAGAAUUGA